AUGGGUCUAUUUGAUUAUUCGCCUCACGAUUUAACCGCAAGCCUUGGAGAGUUCCUCGGAACAGCUUACUUUAUAUUUUUUGGUGUGGGAGGAGGCGUCGCACUUACUAACAAUAUUGUAGACCCUAAUGCUGGUGUUGGAUUGAUUGCAGGCCCAUUCGCCUGGGGUUUUUCUCUGGUAGUAAAUGUGUGGAUUUGGGCUCCGAUUUCUGGUGGAGUUCUCAAUCCUGCGAUCACCAUAGCUCUGAUGGUUGUCGGUCACCUCUCAAUCAUUAAAGGGCUUUUGUACAUUGUUGCUGAAUUCUUGGGCGCUUUUGUCGGAGCAUAUCUAAUUAGUUUAGCUCAACCACCUCCAGAUGGCGGAGCAACUGUCCUGGCUGAAGGAACAUCCAUCAUGCAGGGUUUACUGCUUGAGCUUAUUGCUACUUCCAUAUUAACGUUCACAGUGCUCAUACUUGCCAUUGAGAAACCAAACCACACGAAUGCAGCUAUUGCCAUUGGUUGGGCGUUGUUCAUUUCGGCUAUUGCAAUCGGUCCAUAUACUGGUGGCAGUCUAAAUCCCGCAAGGACAUUCGGACCAGCUAUAAUUACUGGAGAUUUUGGUGACGCAAACUGGAUCUAUUACAUUGGACCCGUUCUUGGUGCCCUGUUAGCCGCCGGAUACUUGUUUUUAUUUAAAAAACUACAUUACAGAGAAGAGGCGAAGCCGGAAUAUGAAUUACCGCAUAUGCACGAAUCAAAAUCCACAUCGUAA